AUGUCAGAUGCAAUGAAAGAAGAAUCAACUGACAGUAUUGAUGAUUUCAAGUCUGGGGACAAACGUCCUGCUGAAGACGAAGAACCUCAAACCGUUGGUGAAUCUAUCAAAGAAGAAGAAGGUGGAGAAAAUGAUAUGGAAGAAGGUGAAGAAGAAGAGGAAGAAGAGGAAGAAGAAGAGGAUGAUGAUGUUAGUAGAAGAAAAAGAAGAAGAGCCAACCAGUUUUUGGAUAUUGAAGCUGAAGUCGAUGAUGAAGAAGAAGAUGAAGACGAAGAUGAUGAAGAAGCCGAACUUUUAAGAGAACAAUUCAUUUCUGAUGAUCAUCGUGAUGACGCUGAAGUACCAGACGCUGGUGAUGACAGACUUCACAGACAAUUUGAUCGUCGUCGUCAAGAACAAGAGGAUCAAGAUGCCGAAACUUUGGCUGAAACCUUGAAACAAAGAUAUAGAAGAACUCAUGGGAUUUAUCGUGGUGACACCACUACUAGUGGAGCUGUUUCACAAAAAUUAUUAAUGCCUUCUAUUAAUGACCCAUCUAUUUACGCCAUUAGAUGUUCUCCUGGGAGAGAAAAGGAUUUGGUUCGUAAAUUAUACGAAAAGAAGAGAACUUUAGCCAAAUCAAAUAGACCUUUAGAAAUCUUAACUGUAUUCCAAAGAGAUUCCUUUAAAGGUUAUAUAUAUAUUGAAGCCAAAAAACCAGAAGCUAUUGAAACCGCUUUAAGUGGUAUGGUUAACGUUUAUGCCAAACAAAAAUUAUUGGUUCCAGUCAAAGAAUAUCCUGAUUUAUUGAAACAAAUCAAAUCUACUGAUGUCGAAUUAGUCCCUGGAAUUUAUAUUCGUAUUAAUCGUGGGAAAUAUAAGGGUGAUUUAGCCAUUGUUGAUAACUUAUCCGAAAAUGGUUUAGAUGUUCGUUGUAAGAUUGUUCCAAGAUUAGAUUAUGGUAAGAAUGAUGAAUUCGAUAAAGAAGGAAAGAGAAUUAAAUCCAAAAUUAAACCUGUACCUAGAUUAUUCUCAGAUUAUGAAGCCAGAAUUCAUGAUAAUGAAAAUUUACAACCUGGAAGAGGUCCAAGAUCAUUCAUUUAUAAAGGGGAUGAAUAUAAUGAUGGAUUCCUUUAUAAAGAUUUCAAAAUUCAAUAUAUUCAAACAGCUAAUGUCCAUCCUUCUUUAGAAGAAUUAGAUAGAUUCCAAGUUGAUAAUGAAGAAGAUGGUUUCGAUAUUGCAGCUGUUGCUUCAUCUUUAAAGAGCAAGAAAUUAGGCUCUUCAGCUUUCCAACCUGGUGAUAAAGUUGAAAUUAGAAGAGGUGAACAAGCUAAAACUAUUGGUAGAGUUGUUACCACGUCAUUAAAUGAAGUCACUAUAACCAUUACUGAUAGUGGAGAUCCAGAUUUCAUCAAUAAAUCAUUAACAGUUCCAGUAUCUGAUUUAAGAAAAGUCUUCCAACCUGGUGACCAUGUUAAAGUUACCGAAGGUAAACAUUCUGAAGAAACAGGGUUAGUUAUUAAACUUGAAAAGGAUUCGGUCAUCUUAUUGAGUGACCAAACCCAAGAAGAUAUCAAAGUAUUCGCCAAUUAUUUGAUCAAAGCUACUGAUACUUCAUCAAACAUUGUAACUAGUGAUAAUGAUUAUGAUGUCAAAGAUUUAGUUGAAUUGAAUGCUUCUACUGUAGGGGUGAUUGUCAAAACAGAGAAAGAUCUUUUCUCUGUUAUGACUACUGAUGGUAGAAUCAUCAAUGUUAAACCAUCAGGUAUUUCUUCUAAAUUGAAAUUGAAAGGAUUCGAACAAGUGGCUACCGAUAGAUCAGGAUCUACCAUCAAAGUCGGUGAUACUGUUAAAGAAAUAAGAAGUGAUAAGAACAGAGAAGGUAAUAUCUUACAUAUCUAUAAAACUACCUUGUUUGUAGCAUCACAUGAUAUUAUCGAAAACUUGGGUAUAUUCGUUACUAAUUGUAUGAAUGUUACUACCAUCACCACCAAAGAUUCUAUUGUAUCUAAGAAUUUAGGUCCUGAUUUAACCAAAAUGAACCCAUCAUUCAAAGCUCCUAUAAUGGCUGGAUUAAAGACCAGACAAGGUGGUAGAGAUAAAUUAAUCUAUAAAGAUGUAGUAGUUACUGGUGGAAACCAUAAAGGUUUAAUGGGUAAAGUCACUGAUGCUGAUGAUUCUUAUGCCAGAAUUGAAUUACAUACCAAAUCCAAAAAGAUUAAAGUUUUGAAGAAUCAAUUGAGUGUUAUGAUCAGAGGAGAAUCUAUUCCUUAUUUGAGAUUCAUUGGAGCUCCAGAACCAGUAAAUUCACAACAACCUUCUAUGCCAUCACUGAACAAUGCUUUUGGAUCCAGACCAGUCUCGAAUGGAGGUUCCAGUUCUUGGGGUGAAGGAGGAUCUUCAAGUUAUGGAGGUAAAACUGCUUAUGGUAACGCUUCAGCUUGGGGAGGUAAUAAAACCGCAUAUGGUAAUAAUUCAGCUUGGGGUGGAAAAACUCCUCAAGGUGGAUCUUCAAGUUGGGGUAGUGCUUCCACAUGGGGUGGAAAUGGUGGUGGAUCCACUUGGGGUGGUAACGGUGGAAAUUCUACUUGGGGUAACAAUGGAAAUAACUCUUCUUGGAAAAAAGAUGGUAGUCAAUCAAAAAGAGGAGGUGGUAGUACUUGGGGAGGUGGAAGUACUUGGAAGAAAGGAGGUAAUAGUUGGACCUAA